UUUUGAAAAAUUAUAUGUUUUUGUUUGAGACAUAUUCUCCUGGCUGCUUUGUUCCGCUUAUUCCUAUCAAAUCACGUUUAAAUCUCAUCUCAGCAAUUCGCUACGAGCGCACAUAGAUUGAGCAGCCACACAUGAAUGUUGUGCGAUCCAAGCGGGUGUGGUUUACAUUUAGUGCGUCUUUUUAACAAGCUAAAAACUGUUAAGGGCACAUUGCUAUUUUGUCUUUGCAUCGGAAUUACCAAAAUAAUUAAACAAAACUUAAUUCUAAAAUCAGGUAAAAUUAAUACGCAAGUAUCGACUACAAUGUUUUUUGAACCACCAUUCCAAGGGAUUGACAUAUGUCUGACCAUCCACAAUCCAUCAUCGAAUAGUUUGAAUUUUUAAGCUUAAACGGUUUUUAUCAGCGUGUUUGCUCAUUCUAACGGUCUACUGCGAGAUUUUAAGUGUAGUUUUUUUUGUGAGACUAUUUGCCGUUUACUUCUUAUUGAGUGGCCAAUAUGGAUGUAAAAACCCCCAGCAACAAAAUCAAGGAGACUAAACCUCAAAAGAAGAAAGCCCCGGCUCCGGUAAUCAGACAUACUAUCACCAGCUACAAAAGAAUGAUGAAAGCAAACCCAUUGUUGGAACUGGAAAUGAAAGGGAUCAAUGUGAACGAGUAUUUCAAUCAGUUAGCUGCAGGGAAUCGCACCAAUCCACCCCCAACAGCCUCAAUCCCGGUAAAACAAGAGAGAUUCGAAAAGCCACAAUUAAGAUUACCAAUGGCAAGCACCACCGGAUUAAGUAAACAAGUGACAUCUGCUAAAAGCAAGCCAUCAACCAUAAAUUCUCAAACACACCAAGCUGCGAGAAGUGUGACACAUUCUUCAAAGGUACUUCUCAACAGUAAACCGCUACCGAAAAGUUCGAUGAAACCAAAGACUUGUACUUACCAACUGACUGGUAAUAGUAGUAUACAACCACAUAGUGAAAUUCAGAAUAAAGCAACUCAGACCAAAGAAAAUUGCCUACCCUCGAAAGUUCCUGCAAUAGUUGAACCUAUUGAAGAAGUUCCUCCAUCGGUUUCACCCACAGAUAGAAGAAGAAGUAACAGCUUUACCUUUAAUACACCCCAGACCUAUAAGAGGAGAAGUGUCGCAUUCUUAACUCCUCAAUCUGUUAGAAAGCAAAGCUUUUUCAGGGCAUCUACUCCGGCUCCUGUUGAUAUGAAAAAGCUACAGGAUAGGCUAAAUAUAUGGUUGAAGACUAGAGCCAAACCACCAGUAUUGUUCAAAAACAUGAGACUUUUUGGAAUCGAUGAGGAGAGAAAACUUUCUUCGUCUUUCAAAAAUCCAAUUAUCGAGGAGAACAAAGAAAAUGCUGAGGUAAAUGAAUCAAAAUCUAACAGUUAUGAAAAUUUGGGAAUUCAGAGAAAUGCGAACAUUGAUGACGCUCAAGACUUGAAUCAGGGAGAUCUAUCGAAAUAUGCGAAGGAAGCAAUGGGAGAGCUUUUGACCUUAAUUGAAGAAGAAUAUCCCAGAAAUCAGUGUCUCGCCUGGUUAGAGCUAAUCAAAAAAAAAUACGACAAAGCAGAUAAUGAACCCGAAUACUGGGAGUGUCGAGCUGCCAUAGAACAGUCAGCUGGUAACAUACAAAACGCCGUUCAGUUCUACGAAGCUGCUAUUAUUAAUGGAGCAGAGGUCAAUUCUAUAAAUAAAUCAUUGGAUCAAUUACUUAAAAAGUUUAGCUUACUUAACAUCAGCCAAACAGAACUAGAGCCAAAAGAGCGUGUCUCUUCCGAUCGGGGAAGGAUCGUUAAAGAGGCAAGAAACAUCUUUAAGUCCACUAUUAUUAACUUUGCUGUUGGAGUGCGUAACAGCAAAAAAAAUAAUUCUGCUGGAAAUACCGAAGCAACAUUAUUUAUCACACCAGUUAAGAGAAGCACUCGCAUAUCACGUGGUGGUUAUGCAAACACGCCAGGAUUGAGACUUUGCGACUCUUUGAAAGAUUUAGACUUGAAUUCGGAAGAAUUUCAAUUUAAGAAAAAUGAUGCAUUAGUAUAAGUUUUGUCAAAGUCUGUUGAUAGGUACUGCCACUAUAUAAAAUCAGAAAACUAAUUUUAUAUCUUCUCAGUGAAAGUUUAAUAAUAAUCACUUAGGUAGAAGGUGGAAAUUCGCUGGCCAUGGUCGUAAAGCACCCAAGCGAAUAAUGGCCAUAUUAUACGAACCUAGUAUUAUACUGUACUUUAUUCACAUUCAUGUUGUUAGAGUUAUUUGUAAUAAAUCAGGUAGAUGAUGAAA